GAUAUGGACUCGGCCGUGAAAUUGGUUGGCGAGUAUGGCUCUCGGGACAACUUUAUCCGACUCGGUCAGUACCUUGGCAAAGUUCUUAGCGGGUCGGAAAGACGCGGGCAGGAGCCAGAUUGGCUACGCUUUCCUCGGAAUCUAGGGGCGUGUCGUACAGUACUGCGAUUGUUCGACGAUGUGCCCUAUGCUGGCUUACACACUGUCGUACGGUUCUGGGAGACAGGAGGGUUAUGGCUGGUUACGUUGGCUCGAGCUAGCCAGUACCUUGCCAACCAGCUGUACUACCCCCUGGAACAUAUGGCCUGGUUUGCACGCAAGGGUAUCCUAGAAAUAAGCCCCGCCUCCUGGGAACUGUGGUGUCUUGUAGCGUGGAUGGUGUCCCUGGUGGCAGAAAUUCUAAGUAUGUGGCAUUCUUAGAAUUUGCAUAUAUUU